CGAGCGUCACGGCCUGCGGCUCCCUCUCGGGCUCCUGAGCUGCGCCGGGUGGGCGCCGGGGCCGCCCUGGCGAGGGAAACCGAAACCAAAGCGGCUCGUUCAACUCCCGCCCGCCAGCCAGGUGCCCCGCGGGCCCUCCCGCCCUCCAAGGAUCACGGAGCCCGCGCACCGCGGCCGGCGGGCGUCUGAGGGUCCCGGGUCUUCCUGCCGCGGUCCCGCCCUGCUCCCGAGCCGCGCGCAGGAUGGGCAGGUGCUGCUACUACGCGGUGGGGACACUGUCCCUGCUCCUGCUGGUGACCAGCGUCACGCUGCUUGUGGCCAGGGUCUUCCAGAAGGCCGUGGACCAGACAAUAGAGAAGAAUAUUGUGCUAAGGAAUGGUUCUGAGACCUUUGACUCCUGGAAGAAGCCCCCUCUGCCUGUGUACAUCCAGUUCUAUUUCUUUAAUGUCACCAACCCAGAGGAGAUCCUCAGUGGGGAGAUCCCUCGGUUAGAAGAAGUGGGGCCGUACACCUACAGGGAAAUCAGAAACAAAACAGAUAUUCAGUUUGGAGAUAAUGGAACAACAAUAUCUGCUGUUAGCAAUAAGGCCUAUGUUUUUGUACGCGAGAUGUCUGUUGGAGACGCUGAAGUUCACUUAAUUAGAACAGUAAAUAUUCCUGCAGUGACUGCCAUGGAAUGGGCCGACCAGGGCUUCAUCCAGGUCCUCGUCCGGGCUCUGCUGAAGGCCUACAAGCAGAAGUUCUUUGUGACGCACACGGUCCACGAUUUGCUGUGGGGCUACAAAGAUGAGAUCUUGUCCCUCGUCCACCCUUUCAGACCCGACAUCCCUACCUAUUUUGGAUUGUACUAUGGGAAAAAUGGGACUAAUGAUGGAGACUAUGUUUUACUAACUGGAGAAGACAAUUACCUUAACUUUUCAAAGAUUGUGGAAUGGAAAGGAAAAACGUCACUUGACUGGUGGACAACAGACAAGUGCAAUAUGAUUAAUGGAACGGAUGGUGAUACUUUUCACCCACUUAUAACCAAAGACGAAGUCCUUUAUGUAUUUCCAUCUGAUUUUUGCAGGUCACUGUAUAUAACUUUCAGUGACUAUGAGAGAGUACAGGGACUGCCCGCCUUUCGGUUUAAGGUACCUGAAGAAAUAUUAGCCAAUACUUCAGACAAUGCUGGCUUCUGUAUACCCACAGGAAACUGCCUGGGCUCAGGAGUUCUGAAUAUCAGCAUCUGCAAGAACGGUGCACCUAUUAUUUUAUCUUUCCCACACUUCUACCAAGCAGAUGAGAAGUUUGUUUCUGCCAUAGAUGGCAUGCAUCCAAAUAAGGAAUAUCAUGAGACGUUUGUGGACAUUAAUCCUUUGACUGGAAUUAUCCUAAGAGCAGCCAAGAGGUUCCAAAUCAAUGUUUAUGUUGAAAAAAGAGAUGGCUUUAUUGAAACAGGAAACAUCAGAACCAUGGUUUUUCCAGUGGUGCAUGUCAAUGAGAGUGUUCUCAUUGACAAAGAGACUGCAAGUCGACUGAAGUCUGUGAUUAACACUAUGAUGAUUGUGACCAACAUACCCUACAUUGUCAUGGCACUGGGUGUGUUCUUCGGUUUGAUCUUCACCUGGCUUGUGUGCCGAGGACAGGGAUCCAUGGAUGAGGGAACUGCAGAUGAAAGAGCACCCCUCAUGCGAACCUAACCUACCUAACCGUGGCCUGAGUGUGGUGAAAACCGUGGAGGGCUCUCCUGACCUGAAUCAGACGUGGGGAAACCAGCAGCGUCCUCGCAGCUCACUGCCUGGUGUGAGAGGAGGGAGAAGAGCCGGAGCUGGCAAGUGAUGAAAGCGGCAGGGCCAGAGCUCAAAGAACAGGCUGAUUUGUUAGCCAUCAGGCUUUAUCACAUCCUGUGGUCCCUGACAACGCGUUUUGUUUUUCACGGGUCUAGCAAGUAUUUAAUAAACUCUUGUAUAGUAAUUUUAUUGUUGUUGGGUGCUGGUAGCUCCAGAAUUUUGUGACCACUGUUGUGGUUAUAACGUCUGAAUCACUUAACGCUAUUGGCCUAACCUUAUUCGGUGUGCUUCAUUCACCAAACUUUGUACUCCAAGUACAGAAAUACAUACCAUUUUUUUGUUUUUGUUGUAUUCCUCCAUUCAUGUCACCCCAAAACCAGAAGUAAAUAAGAGUUCAGAACCCAGGGUAAUGGUAGCCUCAUUGAGUACGUCAUUCAAAUGAAUCUAAUUUCUUUUUUAAAAGUUUUUUGUUGCAUUUUAUGCUAAUUGUUAGUUCAUAAUUCCUCCAGGAAAAUAAUUUGGUCUUUUGACUACUUUCAUACCUGAUAGGAAUCAAGUAGGGAAGGGGUUGGGUAGAAUGAGACUCCUAAUGAGUCCAUAAUGAUAAACACCUGAGGAUUUUUUUUUCUUGCACUUUUAUGAAUCAAAAGAAUGCAUAGAUAAUGUUGCUGAGGACAGUGCAGAUUUCAUGGAGUAGAACUAAAUGCUAGUUCUGAGAUUUGUGGAUAGCUUGUUGUUUUUUCAGCUGAAAUUAUCUUGCUGUGGAAAGGUGCUCCUGGGAGAAUGUAAUCAAUAACUGAUUCCCCUCCCCAUCACCCUUGCCAAAUAUGAUACUGUAUUAAUUACAAUACUAUUGAUUAUUUGUAAAAUUAUUUAUGAGUAAAAGAAAUCCAUGCAUCCGCAGCCUAAGUUGCACAUAAAUUUCAGUAAGUCUGAUUACACUAAAGAGACAUUUCUUCCAGGACAGUCUUUUUGGUAACUUUAAAAUUGUUUUUAUAAGUUGUUCUUUCCUCAGAUUUGGUUCCUUUUGAUGUUUUGUGGCUCACUGUCACUCACUGAAGAGAGAAAAAUGUGCCCUACACUUCCUGUGACAAUCAUCUUGCUGGCAGAAUGAGUGUUUUAAAAUAUUGCACAGAAAGUGCUUUAAAGUUCCCUUGGGACCAGAAGCAGAGUCACCUCUCUUCAGAAGGUCUCUUGGUUUCUGGUGUAACCCAAGUCAGAGGUCUGAGAACCAAGCAUAUUUAAGGGCUUUUUUUUUUUUUUUUUA